GGGCCAAGUUGAAACGUGAGAGAUCGAUCAUUAAUUGGUGAAUUGAAGAAGCAAAAUUUUUAAUUUUUGUGGUCUGAACUCUGAAGGGGAAAUAAAUGCUUCCAUAAUUGCUGGGGCGGUGACUCAUCCGAUCCCCUCCGUGUUUUGAGCUUCUUCUUCGCCAAUCACGGAACACCAACUACCCCACUUGAAGCUUCAACCACAGCCUUCACUUCCUUCCUUCAAAAGUUCUUGGAGACCACCUUUCUCACAAGAUUUUCGCAUACUAACUAAAACCCUCUAGUUCAUUCAUGGCUAAUUAUUGGCAAGUUGUUUCCUUUAUCGCAUUCACAGUCAUCCCUCUUUCAUAUUCGAUACCCUUCAUUGUCCUCCACGGUAUUGGAGAUCAAUGUUCCCAUCGAGGAGUGAAACACUUCACUGAUCUAUUGAGCAGCUUUUCUGGUUCUACAGGAUACUGCAUAGAAGUUGGAGAUGGAACAUGGGAUUCCUGGUUCAUGCCUCUCAUGGAACAGACACAAAUUGUUUGUGACAAGGUGAAGCAAAUGAAAGAACUGAAAGGGGGUUACAACAUAGUUGGUCUCUCCCAGGGGAACUUGAUAGGUCGUGGUGUUGUAGAGUUCUGUGAUGGAGGACCCCCUGUUAAAAAUUUUGUAUCUUUAGCAGGACCUCACGCUGGUACUGCUUCUGUUCCUCUAUGUGGAUCUGGCAUUUUGUGCAUAAUAGCAGACACCCUAAUUAAGUCAGAGAUUUAUACAGAAUAUAUCCAAAAUCACCUUGCUCCCAGCGGCUAUCUCAAACUACCAAGGGAUCUCUCGAACUAUAUGGAAAAGUGCAAGUUUCUUCCACAGCUUAAUAAUGAACUCCCCGAUCAGCGAAACUCCACCUACAAGGAACGCUUCACUAGCUUGCAGAACUUAGUGCUUGUAAUGUUUGAGCAGGACAACGUUUUGAUACCUAGAGAAACUUCCUGGUUUGGAUAUUAUCCAGAUGGGUCAUUUGAUCCUGUGUUGCCUCCACAAGAGACAAAGCUUUACAAGGAGGACUGGAUUGGUCUUAAAACCCUAGAUGAUGCAGGAAAGGUCCACUACUAUAAUGUAUCAGGGGGUCAUCUUGGAAUAUCUGAAAGUGAUAUGAAAAAAUAUGUUGUGCCGUUCUUGGUGGACAAGGCAUUUGCACAGAGAGCAAGCAUACAAAGGGGGAGUAACACUAGACUGCGUGGACUCCCUCGAAGAGGGACCCAAAACCAGAAGCAGUUCAGUCACAGUACAUCAACAGAGAGCGUACUUGAUGGAUCUUCCUCUUAUAGGGUGCCCUCAUCAGUCGAGAGCUUCAUGGGGGAGCUUCUUGGGCUUGCAAGCGAUGAUGGUUUAGACUAAGGCAGAGCAACACCUCAUCAGCUUUGCCCUUAUACAUACUCAGUGCAGAAUGUAGUUCCACUGCUGCUGCUGCUUUUCCACGAAAAUUCGAGCUUUUAAUAGUGCAAUGAUUGAAACCUCAAUGAUAAUUUUCAGGAUGUAAUCAUUACAACAUUAUUUGCAAUGCCCUUUAAAACCAUAAGUUGCCCAGCUAAUAUAGGAACUUCUUGUUCUAUA